AUGGGUCCCCGUGCAUCCCCGCAGGAUACAGCCGGGGCUACGGGGAGGGAGGGGCUGGUGGGCACCCCCCCUUUUUUGGUCCUGGUGCGUCCCCUCAGCCCCAACUCUCUGUUCACGGUGCAGAACAACCCCGGGCUGCCGCCACCGUCACUCAAGGACAUGAUCCAGAUGGCGGGGGAGAUCGCCGACGGCAUGGCGUACCUCAACGCCAAAAAAUUCGUGCACCGGGACCUGGCCGCCCGCAACUGCAUGGUGUCCGAGGACUUCACCGUCAAGAUCGGAGGUGGUGGUCAUUUCGGUGUGGUGAAGCGGUGUCGGCAGCGCAGCACCGGCGUUUUCUACGCCGCCAAAUUCGUGAAGACGCGGCGAUGCCGGGGCAGCCGCCUGGGCUUGGAACGGGCUCAGGUGGAACGGGAGGUCGCCAUCCUCCGCCAGCUCGACCACCCCAACAUCAUGCGCCUCCACGACUCCUCCUCUUCAUCCUCCUCUUCCUCCUCCACCAGAUUUCGGCAUGACCCGGGAUAUCUACGAGACGGAUUAUUAUCGGAAAGGGGGCAAGGGGCUGCUCCCUGUGCGCUGGAUGUCCCCCGAGGCCCUCAAGGACGGCAUCUUCAACACGCAGUCUGAUGUCUGGUAGGUCCUGAGAACAUCAUGCUGCAGGAGAAGGACGUCCCCAAGCCCCGCAUCAAGAUCAUCGACUUCGGGCUGGCCCAGCGCCUGGAGGACGGCGUCACCUUCAAGAGCCUCUGCGGGACCCCGCAGUACAUCGCUCCCGAAGUCAUAAACUAUGAGCCGCUGAGCUCUGCGACCGACAUGUGGAGCAUCGGGGUCAUCACCUACAUCCUGCUCAGCGGCUUGUCCCCCUUCCAGGGCGAGACGGAUGCUGAGACCCUCUCCAAUGUUGUGGCCGGUACCUACGAGUUUGAGGAGCGCUGCUUCAGCCAGACCUCCGAGAUGGCCAAGGACUUCAUCCGGCAGCUGCUGGUGAAGGAGCCAGGGCACCGCAUGACGGCGACCGAGUGCCUGGUCCAUCCCUGGAUCAAGCCCCUGAGCCGGAAACAGGCGGCAAACCGGAGCCGUUCCUCCAUCAACAUGAAAAACUUCCGCAAGUUCAACGCUCGGAGGAAGUGGAAGGUGAAGGGGGGUCCCUGA